ACGCCCAUCUCUGUGUCCCUCUUCCUGUGUCUGUCUCUCUGUUUCUUUGUCGUGCUCAUCAUGACUGGGAAAGGCGUCUGAACUCCGGGACUCAGCAGAAGAGAGAGCCAGAAGUAAAGCAGAAAAACUUCACCAAAGUGUGGAGGAGAAGAGCACCUCAACAGAAUGGGCUCCAGCCAGAGCAGUGACAAACUGUACUGCAACCGCUACCUGGAUGGAAACGGUCCUCCAUCACUGGUACAACAAGCUAAUGCAGAGGUGAAUGGGAUUUACAAAGUACUGAGUGGCACCCAGCCACAGGGCCAUAUGACCUGGGUGGUCCUGCACAGAGACCUGCCGGGACACCCCAACGACAACACCCUGCAGAUCAACUACAUAUUCCCCGAUGGAAUACAGACAGACCAACACCCUCACCCGGGUCAGCCGUACGCAGGGCUGCGGCUCUGUGCUUACCUGCCGGACAGCCGCGAGGGCAGGAGGGUCCUCAAGCUGCUGGACAAGGCCUUCAACUCGGAGCUGCUGUUCAGUGUAAUCACAAAUAAUGUCGGACAGGACGUUAUCGCCACUGCAUCCAUCCCCUUAAAGACACAAGCAGAAGGAGGAAUCAAAGUUGAUGGCUACCCAGAUCCUGACUACCUGAAGAAUGUGAGAAAGAUACUGAAGGACAAAGGCAUCGAAUGAGCCUCAGCACACACUGUGGUUCUCUUUGUUUAUGUUUAGUGCAGUGUGUGUAAAUUAGCAAAGUUCUUGUACUUUUUAAAAUACUAUUUUUAAUGUAUUACCUCCAACUUUUGGUGGUGUUCUUGUAACAUGUAUGGAAGAGUUAUUGUAUUGUAUACAAAACAUGCUUUUAAACCUCCGAGUCCUAUUGUAUUUGUUCUAAGGGACACAAUAAAUGGGUCAUGAUGAGGUGAACUCCACUUGCUGUGCAGACACGUUAUAGUUCAAUCCCUCUAACUGUUGUUUAGGAUUUCACCACCUCGUUGAUGCAGUGAAAAUAUAAUGUGCUAUUAAACAAUUAUUUAAGUAACA